AUGCCUCAUUGUCUUAUCCUUGGUAUUUUAUCAACACAACGUUUAAUAACAAAUGAAACAAAUUUAAAUGAUGUUGAAACAACACCUAAUACAAUUGUUGAUUUAAUUUCAUCAUUACAAAUUCUAAUUAAACUAUAUGGUUCAUUUAUAUAUCUAUCUGAUUUAUUUCCAUUAUCACAACUAUUAUCAAAUUUAUAUGAUUUAUGUGAUGAAUAUUUUCGUACAUGCUUUGAUGAAGAUGAUUUAAUGAUAUCAUUAAUAAGUUAUAAUUUAUGUAAAUUUGAUAUAUUACUUGAACAAACAAUAAAAGAAUAUAAUAAAUUAUAUAUACGUUUAAUUGAACACAAUUUUAAAUUAACUAAAAUUCAUGUAUAUACAUGA